AUGUCACUCUGGACAACCGACCUCGGAAUUACGACAUUGUUACGGUUUGUUAUUUGAGUCGUUCGCUGGACCCAAUAAUUUCAUCUCUCCCGAUUGUCCUUCAUGAAGUCCAACAAUCUUCCUCGCCAUCAGCGGCACAUGAUCUCAAGGCCCUUGGUCUUCCUAGAACACACAAGCCAACAGAGCCUUCACAUCAGGCCUCAAAAAACACCGGCAGGCCUUCCUGAUACAGAGGCAAGGUUUGUGCACGGCCUAACAUGGCGCUUGUCUCGCAUAUGUCGGCUGAAUCGAUCCGACUUCAAGGACAAUCAUGCGGGGUCAAGUAUGACAUCUGGGAGGCGCCGGCCACAAGCGCCGUGGCGUGAAUGCCCCAAGACUUAAAGCUGAGACGACGGACAUCGAUCAAGUAUGCCUCGGACAUCUCACGUCGUCCUGGAUCUACACAUCCCACCCAGAAAAAACGCACCCGGAACAACCCGCAACAAUGUCAGACUCACUGCCGCCACUCAUCACGCUCGAGGAGCACUUCAUCGCCCCGGACCUCUUCUCCGAGCUCUCCGACAUUUACGGCGAACAGCUCAAGUACCUCCCGGAUGUCGCCGCCCGCCUGCAGGACGUCGGGCCUCUCCGCCUGUCAGACAUGGACGCCAACCGCAUCGCGUUCCAGGUCGUCUCCCACGGCCCCGGCCUGGCCUCACGACCGCCGGCGCUCAGCCGCCUCGCCAACGACACCCUCGCGCGCGCCGUGCGCGACAAUCCAUCCCGCCUGGCCGGGUUUGCCGUGCUCCCGAUGGCCGACCCGGAAGCCGCGGCCGCGGAGCUCCGGCGGUGCGUGCGGGACCUCGGCUUCGUCGGCGCCCUGGUGGACGCCCACCUUGGCGGCACUCACUACGACGAUAGACGGUUCUGGCCCGUCUUCACCGCGGCGGCUGAGCUCGAUGUGCCCAUCUACCUGCACCCGACCUUCCCGUCGGCGGGCCAGGCGGCGGCCUACGGGGGCGCCUAUGAACCCGGCGCCGCGCGGAGCCUCGGGACCAGCGGGUUCGGCUGGCACCAAGAGACGGGGCUCGGGGUGCUGAAGCUCUUUGCGGCGGGGCUCUUUGAUGCAUUGCCGGGGCUAAAGCUUAUCAUCGGGCACUUUGGCGAGAUGCUGCCGUUCAUGAAGGAGCGCGUCGACAAGCUCUCGGUGCGAUGGGGCGCGCGGGAGCGGCCGUGGCGGCAGGUCUGGGAGGAGAACAUCUGGGUCACGACGAGCGGGGUAUGGGGUCUCGCGCCGAUGGCCUGCUUGCUGCAGAACACGCGCGUCGACCGCAUCCUGUACAGCGUCGACUACCCCUUUGAGAAGAACGAGAACGGGACGGCGUGGGUGCGGGAGCUGCGGGACAGCGGCAUGGUCAAGCCGGAGGAGCUCGAGAUGAUUGCCUACCGGAACGCCGAGAGCCUCCUGCGGGUCAGGGCGCCGGAUGCUGCUGGUGGGUGGAAGCAGUCAUGA